AUGGAUUUGCUCUCUGACUCCGGGUUUGCAAACGCCUUGUUUUGGACGCUCAACUUGGAGCCCGGCAGUGGAGCACUGUCAGCGCCGGUCUGUUCGUCUUGGGUCUUCCUGUCAAGAGGAUCAACCCUUCGCAGCCGGACCAAUCCUCUUGGAAGAAACGACAGCGAAUGCGUCCGACAGGGCAACAUUCUGUGCGGCCGCACCCUGGUCUUAAUGAUACUCUGCGCUGCCAAAGGCAUAUUCUGGUGCCUAGAACAACCGCAGACGUCAUGCAUGGAGUGGCACCCAUUGUUUCAGUACAUGGUCAGGCUACUCAGAGUCCGGUCCCUGAGAUUCCGCAUGUCUGAAUUUGGAGCGCCCACAAAAAAGCCUACCAUCCUCUAUGCGAGCCAUCAAUGCAUUGACGACAUCCUGGAGUACAAAGUCCCCGAGCGCCUUGCGCAGAAAGACAUGGUGCGCCGCUACGUCAACGGCGCCGGUGAACACCGAGUGCAAGGAGGAAAAGACCUCAAGCAAAGCCAAUCAUAUCCGGCUGGGAAGCCUACAGGGAAAGAUGCCUUGGCUAAGAAACUGACCAAAGAUAUCCGGAUGCAUGCCAAGGAAUCAAAAACAAAGAAACAGACUGAUCAAAAGGGGAAAGACGCCAAAGACAAGCCUGAGGAGAAAGACACGAAGAAACAGAAGCAGGCUAAGAAGGAGGAAAAGACAGGAAAAGACAAGGAGGUUGAAAAGACUCAGAGCAAGAAGCAAGGAAAGGCUCAAGCGCAGCAGAAGAUCCAGGAGGUGAAAGAGGAAGAGAAACAAAAAGAGAAGAAGGAGAAAACCCAGAAGCAGAAGAAGGAUAAGGAAGGCAAGGGAAGCUCAAAAAAGGAUGGCGAAGAGAAGAAGGAACACAAGGAAGUCAAGGAAAGCCGAAAGGAGAAGAAAGAGAAGAAGGAAGCGAAGGAAAGUGCAAAAGAGAAGAAAGAGAAGAAGGAAGCCAAGGAAAGCGGAAAGGAGAAGAAGGAUGUGAAGCAGGCUGAGAAGAAAAGGUCAAAGAAAAAGGAAGAUGAGAAGAAGGAGAAGAAAGAGGAAGCCAGCGCUGCUAAGGAAGGCAAGAAACGUGGCAAUGAUGGCAAGGAUGAGGCUGUGAAGCCAAAGAAAGCAAAAGAGGAUGAGGAGGAGGACGAAGACCGGAAUGAAGCAGAGGAGGAGGAAGACGAAGGGGAAAGCAGUGACAGUGCAGACUACGGCUUGGAUGGCAGUGAGUCUGACUCUGAAGAUGAAAAGGACCCAACCGCUCUUUCAGAAUGUCGAGCUUUGGUCCCUGUCGUGAAGGAAACCUCGGAUCGGACCUCUGAUCUAGAAAAGGCUACGCGCAACAGCACAACCAACAAGCGGGAGUGGGACACAUUCAACCGUAGGUUGACAAGCUCCAAGAACGCUGCUGUGGCGGGCUUGAGUGAGCACGUAGCAAAGAACAAGGUGGACCUCUUCAACAUCUGGCUCGACAACGGCCACGAUGUCCAGGGUGCAUGCUUGGAGCUGACCCGUCGGGCUGAAGCCACUCAGCGGGCCACAGCUGGCUGGGAAGCUGUGCAAGGAAGAGAGUUGAGGAAACGCUAUGGGGACAAUGAGGAAAAGUUCAAUAAGGUGGUCAAGGCGCGAGAAGCGGCUGGUUUGUUCUAUGAAGACCAAGACUUUCCAGGCGAUGUCGAUGAAACUUGGUACUUUAUGCGCGUUGGAAGCAGUUUCAAGACCGAGAACACGACUUCCGAGAGCGUGAACAUCACGGCAGCGUCGCGUCUUGACAAAGCUGGUCUUCAAGCUUUGACUGAUGAAAGCGAUGGUGUCCUUCGAGCGGGAGCCCUGCCUGAGAUCUCUGGCUUGUCGCAGCAGCAGAACAAGGGUCUCCUCACGGCGAUGGCUCAGGCUGCGCCCGUGAAGUCGAAAAAGAAAGAGAAGGAAAAGAACAAGAGCGAGGAGGUUGUUUCAAAGACUCUUGAGGAAACAGCCAAAGAUGAAAUGGCAGAGAUACUCAAAGUUGCUGCUUCGUCCCGCACCAAAAGCAUGGAGCUAUCGAAUAUCCAGUACGCCGCUGAGUUGAGCAAGCAAUUGCUCGACUAUGCAGUGUCUCUUGAGGAGAUCUACAAAGACUUGCGGAAAGCGGUGGAGGACAAAUCUGAGGCCAACAUGCAAAAGACGCUGGACCUUGUGCAAAAAAAGAAGGCUUUCGGUGAAAAAGCCAAGGCCGCUGCAGGAGCCUUCCUGAGAUCGGGCCCGAAGAAGAAGAAGUCCGAUAAGAAGGGGGAGGAUGAGUCGACGCCGACUGGAUCCACAAAGAAGAAGAGAAAGGUAGCUGCUGCCAAGCCAGAGUGA